AUGAACAUAGCGCCUGCCACUUCAAAACCUCAACUGCAACAGCAGCAGAACCAGCAACCCCAUCAGCAGCCAAAGAAGCGCAAGAGCGAACCUUCUGGUGAUUCCAAAAGAAAGAAACAGAACACAACAGUGAAGACAGAAGAUGGCAAGUCCUCCAUCCCACAUUCCUCAGGUCAUAGACCAGUUACAUCGUGUACUCACUGUCGCCAGCAUAAAAUAAAGUGCAAUGCCAGCGAGAACUAUCCGAAACCUUGUCAACGAUGUGAAAGAAUGGGGCUUAACUGUGAAAUUGACCCUCAAUUUAGACCAAAGAAGGGAAGUCAAAUUCAAACUUUGAGGAAUGAUGUCGAUGAACUAAAGGCCAAAUUGGAACUUCUUCAUAAGAACGAAUCAUUCAUUGCGAAAGCCCUACUUUCAAGGCGGACUUUGGUGUCAGGGGGUGGGGCAUCAUCAUCCCCUAGCAUUGGAAGUCCCACAAAUAACGAGAAGUUGGAAAAGAUUCUUCAGCAAGCAAACCAAAAUGGAAACAGUCCUGUGCAAAUGAUCUCACCUGUUGGGAUGUCUAGGUCACUCUCGGAUAGUAGUCAAAUAUAUGUGAGGCCAAAUCAAUACCCCCCAAUAAUUGCAAAAACUUUUUUGAAAAGGGAUCCACAACUCUUACAAUCAAAAUCAGUGAGUUCAUCUCCUGACAACUCUUCAAAUCCUGCAAAUAGUAGGUCUCCUGAACUAUUGAAUGAUUCAGCACCUUCUAAUGAUGACAAUGGUCGAAAUCUUCCUCCAUACUUACAAGAGAGUUUUAGAGGUAAUUCUGCAAGUCCCGUCAACUCCAAAAGCCCUUCUAGUGCUGGUCAAACAUUGCUCACAGAAUCUAAUGCAAAUCAGCCACCAUUAGUUACCAAUAUCAAAACUCCCAAUAUUAAAGAGUUCAUUUUGGGGGACGUUCGUUUACCAUUAUCUAAAGCUGUUGAGUUGCACGCAAGAUUUGUACAUGAUUAUUUACCAUUUUUGCCGAUUUUGACUUCAAAUAGCGCAAUUGAGUUAUACUCGCAAUCCCAGUUAUUAUUUUGGACUGUUUGCUUGACUGCCUGUCUUUCCGAUCCAGAUCCAACUUUGUACAACCAACUUGCAUCGCUUAUCAAACAAUUGGCAAUCGAGACUUGUUGGAUACGAACCCCAAGAUCAACACACAUUGUUCAAUCUUUAUUGAUUCUAAGUUGCUGGCCGCUACCAAACCAAAAAGUUCUCGACGAUUGCUCCUACAGGUUUGUAGGGUUAGCAAAGAAUUUGGGGUUUCAGCUAGGUUUGCAUAGAGGAAAAUUCAUCAGUGAAUUUAGUCGGACCCAAGUCAGUUUGGUUAAUGCCGAAAAAUGGAGAACUAGGACUUGGUUGUUGGUGUUUUUCAGUGAACAGCUAUGGGCGAGUAUAUUAGGGUUACCGCCAUGUAUCCAAACUGAUUAUUUGGUUGAAAAUGCAAGACUAGAUCAAACUCUACCGAAAAACUUUAGAUGUUUAGUUUGUUUAUCUAUUUUCCAGUCUAAACUUGUCAAUAUUAUGGGAUCGUCAGUGACCUCUCCAGAUGGAUUGAUGACCGCCAAGAACAGAGCAGGAAGCUUGAAUAUUUUAAUAAGAGAAUUGGAAAGAUUGGUGUUUAAGUUACAGAUAGAUGAUCCAAUUACUGAGAUGUAUUAUCUUUAUGUCAAAUUAUUGGUUUGUGCAUUUGCAUUUUUGCCCGAAACUCCUACAGAAGAUCAAACCAAAUAUGUUACUAUUGCUUAUCAUUCAGCGACCAGGAUCGUGACGAUAUUUUCGAAAUUAGUAGAGGUUAAACAAUUGAGUGAAUAUCCAAUUUACGUCAGGCAUAGUGUUACCUACGCGUGUUUCACAUUAUUCAAGUUGCAUUUGACACCGCUAUUACUUGAUAAAUAUAUUGACAGUGCAAGACAAUCAAUUGUUACAGUGCAUCGAUUAUUUAGAAAUAUGUUGGCAGCUUGGAAAGAUGUUGAUAAUGAUAUUUCAAGAACUGCUAAGGUUUUGGAAAAAUUAAAUUAUGUUUUGAUCACCCAGCCAAGCAUUUUCUUCGAAGGAGAAGGCAUUAUAAAGUCUAAUAGGAGUCAUUUAUCUAAUUCUUUGUUCUAUGAUUUAGUCUCCUGUAUUCAUGAAGCGAGAAGAAGGAAUAUAGCUGUUGAACAAGCCAGAUUGAAUGGCCUACCGAUUCCUGAUUUCAGCUCGAAGUCUGACGCUAGUGAACGAAUAUUUGAGGAACUACCCAUGAGAAAAAUGGUUCCUUUGCCAUUCUAUAAUCAGAUUACCAGGGAUAAUUUCAAAACCAUUAGCUCCACCUCUCCAAACGGGACGACAAUUACUACAUUGGUUCCAACUCAAACAGCAAUGUCCAAUGCUCAAGCUGACGCGGUUGCCAAUGGUUUAUCAGGACCAACGAAUAUCAAUGGAAUACCUUUGCCAUUAUUGGAAGCCACGGGGAGUAUCAAUGCUAGUCCUUUAUUGAGCAAGGAAAGCCCGUUGCCUGUAGCUGAUUCUAAAGAAACCGUACCAACGAACUAUGAAAAAUUGAUCCUCCCAAUUUUCCAGAAUAACAGCAAUAGUGACACCAGCAGUCUCAAUAAUAGUGAAACUCCUGGUCUGGGUAAUUCAAAAGCUGGUAAUUCCAAUAAAUCUGGGAAGAUUAAUAGUGGUAUUAUCAAUAAAAAAGUUGGCAAUGUCGGUGAUGAUAAAAGUGUUAGUGGUGAUGACAUCUCCUACAUUGCUUCCAGAAACCCCGUCAACAAUACUAUCAUUAACCCUAUUAACCCUAUUAACAAUCUGUAUUCCAUGGAAUCUAGUAAUGUGAACUCGUUGUUUGAUUUCAAAGGUAAUGCUGCUGGUCAACCAGUGGGAUCUGGUCAAAAUGUCGGCAGGCAAUCGAUUACAAAGAUUGCCAAUCGUCAGUCUGUGAAUAAUACUCGCAACCCAAACCAAGUUAAUUCUGAAAGUAAUAACAUUGAACCUCAAAUGGGGACAAUAGAUAGUGGGAAACUGAGAGCGAUGAAUAAUAAUUCUCCAAACGGUACUAGCAGUACCACUGGCAGGACGAAUAAUAGUAAUUUUUUUGGUGAGUUUCUUCAACAACAAUCUAAUUGGACCGAAAGUACGGAUGAUUUCUUGGGAUGGUUUGAUGUUAAUAUGAGCCCAGAGUUUUGA